AUGAGAAGCAUCGAGAUUUCUUAUGGAGAAUGGGAUUGGAGAAAUCGUAAUGGGUUAACGAAUAAUAAAAAAUAAAAGAGAGACGGAGACAAGAACAGAGUUUGUUUUUCCAGGUUUUACUGGAAACGUAUCAGAGAUUCAAACAGAAGGAACUGCGAUGAUCCAACGCAGUGGAUUAUUGAGACUUACGGACCAAAACUCAAACGUCACCGGGACAGCGUUCUGUCGAGUGCUCACUAUGUAAUGGGUUGGAGUUUACCUGCAAGACAGGCUCGUACUCUCGGAUCUUCCUCGUUUGGUUCUCAGUACGGGGACAAAGAAAGAUGCUAUUCGAGCCUCGAGUCAACUUUUACAGAGGAUAUCUUGAGGCUAAGGAAAGAUUGGGGAACGUCGUCGAUGUGCGAUGGGUACCUAUGCGGAGGAGAAGAGCCAAACUUCAUAGCAGAAGAUGAAUAA